AUGCCUGGCCUCGUUCCCUCCUACACCAUUCCCCCGAGCAUGAUUCCUCCCCCCAUCAGAGCUCCCGUCACUGAGGAGGAGAAGCAGAAGGAGUCCGAGAAGCAGGGUGGUCGCGUCAUCUGUCGCGUCCUCUACUUCCUCGCCGGGCUUGGCGGUCUGGUGUUCAUCGUCGCCUUUGAUCUCGUCAGCUCCCUGGACGAGCUUCACCGCACACGUCUCAUUCUGCAAACCACCAGUCCCUCCCUCGUGGUCUACUUCAUCUGCCUCGUCAUCUUUGGUGCCUACCACCCCGCCGACGGCAACUACAUCACCCGCGUCGCGACCCUCAACCAGACCGUGCCGGUCGCCUGCCUCAUGCUAGACCUCGCCUGGAUCUGGACCUUUAUGCUCAACGACAUCCACUUCGUCAUGGCCACGACCUUCUUCCUCGUCGUGCCCUGGCUCGCCGCCAUCGUCGCCAAACUGCUCGACGCCGAGACGGUAGCUCCCUGGCGCCCCACCACCGACCUACGCAUCAAGAUUGGCGAGGAGGUCAUGACGAUGAAUCUUCCUGUCGAGACCGCCAGCAAGAUGCAAGAGGCGUUCCGCGUCAAGGCCGAGGCCGAUCGCCGGGCUGGAAUGGGUCUUCGCGCAAACACGUGCGCCAUUCAGCCUACUCCUGCCCAUUAUAGUCGCGACAUGCGCUGGCCCUACAACAAUGACAAUCACUCCUACAACGGCUACAGCUGGUAA